AUGACCCAUGAGUCUUUCGGGGGAUAUUCAUUCUUUCUUUCUUUCCUUCGUUCAUUCUUUUCCAUUUUUAUCAUUUGCACCUUCUUUUAUGAAUUCAUUUUCUAUUCGUGUGUUUGUUUCUUGUCAUUUGUCGUGUAUUUACAUUUUUUCUGUCCUUUUCGUUUUCGUCUUUCUUACUUUCUUUUUAUAUUAUUAACACUUUUUCUCUCUCCUAUUAAUUUUCCACCUUUUUUUUCUUUGUCUUUCCCUUUCUUUCUUUCUUUCUUUCUUUUUUCCUUUCUUUCUUUCUUUCUUUUCCCUCCCCACUUCUGUCCGUUAGUCAUUUCUUUCUUUCUUUCUUUCUUUAUUUAUUAUCACUUCUGUCCGUUACACUUCUGUCCGUUAGUCAUUUCUUUCUUUCUUUCUUUCUUUCUUUAUUUAUUAGCACUUCUGUCCGUUAGUCAUUUCUUUCUUUCUUUCUUUAUUUAUUAUCACUUCUGUCCGUUAGUCAUUUCUUUCUUUCUUUCUUUCUUUCUUUCUUUCUUUCUUAGCACUUCUUCAUUUCUUUCUUUCUUUCUUUCUUUCUUUCUUUCUUUCUUUUUUCUUUCUUUCUUUCUUUCCCCUUUUCGUUUAAUAUUAGCACUUUUUCUGUCCGUUAGUAAUUUCUUCUUUCUUUCUUUCUUUCUUUCUUUCUUUUCGCUUUUCAUUCUCUCUUUGUUUCCAUUUCAUAUUAUUUGCACUUUCUUUUCUCUUCUAUGA